AUGGUUAGAAAGGGAAGAACUGUACUUCCUGGUCCUGGUGAUGGAUGCAGUGAGGGCUCAUCAGGAUCCCGAGAAUUUGUUGGUGCUAGAAGAGGUGGAGCUCAGCACCCGUCAGGUAUGCAGCAAGAGGGUGGAGCUCAUUACAAUCCAGAUUUGCAGCAAUGUGGUGAGUCUGGAAGGGACUGGGCUCGUGCUAAUCCUCAACAGCAAGGAGGACGUGGACGUGGUUAUCAGGGUCUUGGUGGAGGUUAUCACGGCCAGGGCCGUGGUGGCCGGCAAACCCUACGUGGUCGGCAAGGUGGUGCUUAUCCAUCUGGUGGUGGCGCUGGCCCAUCUGCAGCUGAAACGUCUAGGCCGCCGCUUCCCAAGUUGCAACAAGCAACGUCACAAACUCCAUCUGAAGAGGCAAGCUCAUCGAGGCCCUCUGAAAUCCCGACGGAGCAGCUUCAACAGCUUUCUCUUCAGAUUGAACCAGCAAUUAGUAAGGCUGUUGUUCCAGCGUCGAGCAAACAACUACGGUUUCCUUUGCGCCCAGGCAAAGGCAGCAGUGGUCUAAGCUGUGUGGUUAAGGCCAACCAUUUCAUUGCUGAGCUCACUGACAGGGAUUUUUAUCAAUAUGAUGUUUCCAUUACACCAGAAGUUUCUUCUCGUAGGGUUAACCGAUCUGUCAUCAAAGAACUUGUAAGGAUGUUUAAAGCCUCCCAUUUGGGAGACCGCCUUCCUGUUUAUGAUGGCAGGAAGAGCCUUUAUACUGCUGGCUCACUGCCAUUUACUUCUAAAGAAUUUCAAAUUACUUUAGUUGAUGAAGAUGAUGGUGCUGGAGCUGCAAGGCGGCAGAGGAAUUUCAAAGUUGUCAUUAAACUUGCUGCUCGAACCGAUCUUCAUCAGCUGAAAAUGUUCUUGGCUGGGAGGCAAGCAGAUGCUCCACAAGAAGCUCUGCAAAUUCUGGACAUUGUGCUGCGUGAAUCGCCCACUGCCAAGUGUUAUCCUAUUGGACGAUCCUUCUACUCCCCCGAUCUUUGUCACAAGAAUCCUCUUGGCGAAGGUUUGGAAAGUUGGAGAGGAUUUUAUCAAAGCAUCAGACCUACGCAGAUGGGCUUAUCACUGAAUAUUGAUAUUUCAUCAACUGCAUUCAUUGAGGAAUCGCCUGUUGUUGAUUUUGUAAUAAAGCUUUUGAGAUGGGAUUUUAGAGAUGUUCAACAUAGAAAGCUAACUGAUAUAGAACGUGCUACGGUGAAUAAAUCGCUAAGAGGUGUGAAAGUGGAGGUUACACAUCGUGGCAACACCCGUAGAAAAUAUCGUAUAGCUUCUUUAACGCCACAGGCAACAAAAGACCUGUCUUUUUCUGUGGAUGAGAGAGGCACAAUGAAGACAGUGAUACAAUAUUUUCAAGAUGCUUAUGGUUUUGUUAUCCAACUUCCUAAUUGGCCUUGUCUUCAAGUUGGCAAUCAACAGAGGCCAAACUAUCUUCCCAUGGAGGUUUGCCAGAUUGUUAAAGGACAAAGAUAUUCUAAGAGGUUGAAUGGAAAACAAGUAACUGCUUUUUUAAAGGCAACCUGCCAGCGCCCACAAGAUCGUGAGAGCGAUAUUAUCAGGACGGUUAAUCGUAAUGAAUACCAUUUGGAUCCAUAUGCCAAGGAGUUUGGAAUUAAAAUCCGUAGGGAACUUGCAUCAGUUGAAGCACGCCUGCUGCCUGCACCUCGGCUUAAAUACAGCGAAACCGGUGAGGAGCAGAGUUGCUUGCCAAAAAAGGGCCAAUGGAAUAUGAUGAAUAAGAAAAUGGUAAAUGGCGGGAGGGUCAGCAACUGGACCUGCAUCAAUUUUGCUCAAAAUGUAAGGGAAAAUGAUAUUCGUCGCUUUUGUUAUGAGCUAGCUUCUAUGUGUCAGAAGUCUGGAAUGGAAUUUACUUUGGAGCCUGUAAUUCGACUGUCAUCUGCACGACCUAAUCAAGUUGAAAGAGCAUUGAAAGCACUUUAUAAUGACGCAAUGACCAUUCUACGUCAGCAGCAUAAAGAGCUUGAUUUACUUAUUGUAAUAUUGCCUGAAAAUAAUGGUUCUCUUUACGGGGAUCUGAAGCGUAUAUGCGAGACUGAAAUUGGGUUAGUUUCACAAUGUUGUUUAGUCAAACAUGUUUCUAGGAUGAGCGCACAGUACCUUGCCAAUGUUGCUUUGAAAAUUAAUGUGAAGGUUGGAGGACGGAACACUGUGCUGGUUGAUGCUAUCUCACGGCGCUUGCCUUUGGUCAGUGAAAGGCCCACAAUUAUAUUUGGUGCAGAUGUGACUCAUCCUCAGCCUGGUGAAGACUCAAGCCCUUCAAUUGCUGCGGUUGUUGCUUCUCAGGACUGGCCAGAAAUAACCAAAUAUGCUGGACUUGUUAGUGCUCAGGCCCAUCGUCAGGAGCUGAUUGAGGACUUAUAUAAGCUUGAAUCAGAUCCACAGCGUGGAAAUGUUUCUGGUGGCAUGAUCAGGGAUUUACUUAUUUCAUUUAAAAAAGCUACAGGGAGAAAGCCCGAGCGAAUAAUAUUUUACAGGGAUGGUGUUAGCGAGGGACAGUUCAAUCAAGUUCUGCUUCGUGAACUUGAUUCAAUUCGUAAAGCUUGUGCCUCGUUGCAGUCAGAUUAUCUACCACCCGUUACCUUCGUGGUUGUUCAGAAAAGGCAUCAUACCAGGUUGUUUGCAAACAACCAUUCAGACCAGCAGUCAGUAGAUAAGAGUGGAAACAUCCUUCCAGGGACUGUGGUUGAUUCAAAAAUCUGUCAUCCAACUGAAUUUGAUUUCUACCUAUGUAGUCAUGCAGGAAUUCAGGGGACUAGCCGACCCGCACAUUAUCAUGUAUUAUGGGAUGAAAACAACUUCUCCGCUGAUGCAAUGCAAACGCUUACAAAUAGCUUAUGCUACACAUAUGCAAGGUGCACAAGAUCAGUAUCAAUUGUGCCGCCUGCAUACUAUGCUCAUCUUGCUGCUUCCAGGGCAAGGUUUUAUAUGGAGCCCAUGACGUCUGAAAAUGUUUCACAGCCAAGAGCUGCGGCUGGAAGAGCUGCAGCUGCAAAUGAACCACGCAGCACUCGUGUAGCUGGAGGUGGUGCUGUCAAGCCUCUUCCUGCUCUCAAGGAAAAUGUUAAGAGGGUGAUGUUCUAUUGUUGA